AUGACGUCAGCAUCCAAUGAAAGAUAUGCCAUUUCCGUUUCCUGGGACAGGCAGGUGAUAUUAUGGGAUUCAUCAAAUGGAACAGCCGUCAAAGUUAUAGGGAGGCAUGACGAUGGGGACAGAAUAACAACUGUUUCAAGUCAUGGAAACUGCUGUUUCACUGGAUCCCAAACUGGAACUUUGCACGUUUGGAACUUGGAGGACGAAAGCCAAAACGCAGUGUUCUCAUAUGUGCAUCCAGCUGCUAUAGGAACUUUAGCGGCUUUAGAAGGCCACCCCCUUAUCGUUGGACUCUGUAACGGGGACAUUUAUGUGUGGGAUAUUCAAAGGCCAACACAAACAGCUAUUUUGUGUGUGAUAAGAACAUCACAAUUCGGAGUAAGGCAUUUGCGAGUGACGCCAGAAUGCUCCAUAUCGGCGUUAUGCGACGACGCAAUUACAACUUUGUCAUAUGAAAGGGAUUGCCAGGAGCAACAACAGCAUGAGAUAGUGACUGUCAAAAUCAAAAACAUGCCGCCCUUCCCAGUAGUACCCCUUCCAAAGUUUAAACAAAUCAUCAUAGGUUUUGACGAGGACAGCCGUUUGAGAACCCUCAUACUGGAAAUCGAAAGAAAUUCCAAAAUAAAUUCUGGCCUUCCAAAGGUUGAAAUCGCCACUGCUCUCGCGAUCUCAGAGGAUCAAGAACACCUGGUGUGCGGAAGUGACAAUGGCAGUGUUACCAUAGUGACCAGACACGGGAAAACAUUAUCGACUUUGCCAAGUGUUACCGGUAAAGUGAAAUGUAUAGAAUUGCUGCCAAACAGCCUGGGAGCCACCGGUCUGCCGCUAGGUGGCUUUUAA